UUUCCUCAGUGCCCUCUCCCCAUCUGGGGCUGAUCUCUGAUGACAGAGCCUCCAUGGAGUGUGUAAAUGACACUGUGGUCAGAGAAUUUGUCUUCCUUGGCUUCUCGUCUCUGGCUGAGCUGCAGCUGCUACUCUUUGCCAUCUUCCUGUCCCUCUAUUUGUUCACUCUGAGCACCAACGCUGUAAUUGUUUCCACCAUUGUGCUAGACAGAGCCCUUCAUACGCCCAUGUACUUCUUCCUUUCUGUCCUGUCCUGUUCUGAGACCUGCUACACCUUCGUCAUUGUGCCCAAGAUGCUGGUUGACUUGCUGGCGCGGAAGAAGAGCAUCUCUUUCCUCGGCUGCGCCAUCCAAAUGUUCACCUUCCUCUUCCUCGGCUGUUCUCAUUCCUUCCUGCUGGCAGCCAUGGGUUAUGAUCGAUACGUGGCCAUUUGCCACCCUCUGCGCUACACGGUGCUCAUGGGGCACAGGGUAUGCGUGGGGCUAGUAGCUGCUGCGUGUGUCUGUGGCUUCACUGUGGCACAGGUAAUCACAUCCCUGGUGUUUCGUCUACCCUUCCGCUCUUCCAAUCAACUCCACCACUUUUUCUGUGACAUCUCCCCUGUUCUCCAGUUGGCAUCUCACCACCCUCACUCCACUCAGAUCACCAUCUUCCUGCUUUGCGCGCUGGUCUUGGUUAUCCCUCUCUUCUUGAUCCUGGUAUCAUAUAUUCACAUCAUUUCUACCAUCCUCCAAUUCCCUUCCACGCUGGGCAGGUACAAAGCGUUUUCCACCUGUGCCUCUCACCUCAUUGUUGUCAUAGUGCACUAUGGAUGUGCCUCUUUUAUCUACCUAAGGCCCAAGUCCAGCUACUCUUCCAGCCAGGAUGCGCUGAUAUCAGUAUCCUACACUAUCCUAACUCCGUUAUUCAAUCCAGUCAUCUACAGCUUAAGAAACAAAGACUUCAAAUCAGCUCUUCAUAGGGUAAUAGGAAGAACAGUUACCCUAAGACAACACUGAUCUGUAGAACACUUUUUAUAUCUCAAAUAACUAAGAAUAACGGACUCGGAGGGAAAUUCUGAACAUGGAAAUAACUAAGCAAUUGAGUGCCAUGGUCA